AUGUUCGAUGUCCUCCCCAAAGCUUUGGCGUCCGUCGCCUCCUUCCUUUUCCCCGUCUACGCCUCCUACAAAGCCCUCAACACCGCCGAUCCCGCUCAGCUCACCCCUUGGCUCAUGUACUGGGUCGUCCUCGCCUGCGUGCUGCUCGUUGAGUCCUGGACCGACUGGAUCUUGGUCUGGGUGCCGUUCUACCACUACUUCCGCCUCUUCUUCUUGUUGUACCUGGUCCUGCCGCAGACGCAGGGUGCCCGCGUCUUGUACCAGUCCCAUGUCCAUCCCUGGAUCGUCGAGCACGAGACCCAGAUUGACGAGUUGAUCGGGUCCGCCUAUGCGCGCCUGCGCUCUGCCGGCAUGCACUACCUGAAGCAGGCCAUUGCCUACCUGCGGACCGCGCUGGGGCUGCCGGUGGCGCCAGAGGGGCCGCCGUCGUCGUCGUCUCCGUCGUCAUCUCCGUUUUCGUACGCUGGCGCCGCCAGCGCCCAGUCCUACACCCAGUCCUUGCUGGCCCGCUUUACGCUACCGAGCGCCCGUUGGCCGGGUGGCGCCAUGGGCGCGGCGGCCACCUCGUCGGGCCUCCCGCACCCGGCCGCGCCCGGGUCCGGCACCGACUUUUACAGCAUGCUGGCCACCGCCGUCGGGGCGCUCGGUACGGCCACGGGCGCGGCGGGCGCGGCGGGCGGCGUGGCUGCCGGUGCCGCCGCCUCGGCGUUUAGCCGGGGUCUGGGCCUUGGCGGCCAGGAACACGACCAGGACCACGACCACGACUACGAUGCCGGGCAGACCAUGGCCGCGUCGGGCACGCUCGUGCCGCCCCACAUCCAGGACGCCGACCGCGCGUCGUUUUUGGCCACGCAGCGCGACCGCCUGCGCACCCUGUUGUCGGCGCUUGAGCGCGAGGCCGCGCAGCUCGACGAGGAAGACGAGGUGCUGGCCCGGACGGCGCCCCUCUCGCGCCCGCUGAGCAGCGCCAGCGGUCUGAGCAAGAGCCGCAGCGAGGCCGACUUUGAAAAGAUUGACGCCGAGAGCGGCACGGAAGAGGACAAGCCGGUGCGGCAGCGGCGGCAUGGCGGGGCGAGCGGGGCGAGCGGGUCGGGCGCAGGUGGUGGUGCAUCGGUCGACGCCCAACCCAGCGCGGGCGGCCGCACGACGAGCGGGUCGUGGAUGCCCUGGGGCUGGCGGAGCGGCGGCAGCGAGGACACGACUGCGCCCGUCAGCGACACCGGAAAGAGCUCGUCCGUGGAGCAGUAG